CUGGUAGAAAGAAAGCAAAUCAUAAAGCCGACAGCUGGAUUCCUGAAUCCCGCGGCUUUUUUACGAAUGUAAUGACGGAUACUUUUAAAAGUCUUCACCAGAAUGAAUUGAUUGAAUUGAGUCGCAAUGAGCAAACUCAGCUGGAAAAACUGGAGAAAUUGUGGCUGAUCAAUUAUAAGCCCUUGGAACGCCUGCCAGAGUCGAAUCCUUGUCCAUUGCCAAAACCCAAACGAGCGCCAAGAAAACCUCGUAAAAGCACAGUAACAACAACAACAACAAUAUCGUCCGAGAAGACAGAGAUGCAAAAUGAACAGUAUGUGGAUCCGACAACUUUGGAUGACAACCUAGACAUUGUGUAUCGCAUUAACAUUCCACGCUUACGGCCUCAUUGGCGCCACAGCAGUAUUGAUCUCCAGAUAAAGGCGUAUAUAUGCAAAAACAAUUUAAUAGAACCGCUGAUCAAUUGGGAGCUACUGGAUACCGUCAUGGAAUUGCCGCUGGAAGAGGCCACAAAUAUAUUUCAGCGUCAUAUUGACGAAAUGCUGAAGACUGCAUAAAUAUCAAUUCGCUGUCCAUACAUUGCUUAACGGCAUUUGAUCGAAUUUCAAAUAUAUGUACAUGCAUUCCAAAUUCGAAGUUAUAAAAAAGUAUGUUACGA